AUGUGGGCAGCCGAAAAAGGCACAGAAAAAUCACUCUCAACAAUCCUGAUUGCUGAAGUAUCAGAUCUACCAUGUAGCAUCCUAAUCGACAUCUUGGGAAGACUUCCUCUGAGAUCUUUAAUUGAUUGCAGAUUAUACUCACAUCAUAUGCCCACUACUUUGAUCCUUCAAGUUAAAGGAAACUCUCUUGAGUCUCUUAAAGAAAUUUGUUUCAUUGAGCAAGAUGAUCAUUCGUUAACCCGAAAAAUGCGCCUUCUAUCCAAUUCCAAUAAACCCAAGUCAGAUCUCAGCUACUCGGGUCUUUUACCUUCUAAUUUCCGGUUCCAGCUUGGAAACGGUUGUAACGGAUUGGUCUGUUUAAGGGAGAUUCGGACCCGUGAACCUUGUUUGAUUUGGAAUCCUGUUUUAGGUCAAUUUGUUAUCCUUCCGAAACCCACUUCCACCACCAUCGAUAAGGUGGUGGCAGGUUUCGGAUUUUGUGGACGCACUAAUCGGUAUAAAGUGCUCCGGGUUUUCCGUUCAACAAUCGACCCGCCAUGGAAGAAACGGGCUGAGAUAUAUGUUUUAGGUGUUGGGACAAAAUGGAGAGAAAUUGGGGAUGUUCCAUUUCCAAUUCCUUCAAGAAUACCAGGAUUUUUCACCAACAAUUCACUCCAUUGGAUAUUAGAAUACAGCAACAUCACUAAUGGCAAUGGCGAUAAUUAUGAUGAUAUUAAUAAUGAAACUCUUUAUGGAAUCGGAAACAGUACCAAGUCUUAUUCGGAGCUGAUUUGUGGGUUUGAUUUUGUGGAAGAAAAUUUCAAAACAAUUCCAUCACCACCCAUUUUCACAUUAGAGCAAAAAGACAAGUAUCAUUGGUCUAAUUUGGGGAUUAUAGGAAAUUGCCUUUCAAUUUCUGCAAUUGAUGCUAAAGUAUUCAGACCUGAUGUUCAAGUAUGGGUGAUGGAAGAGUACGGUGUGCCAGAAUCAUGGGCAAUGCGACUCUCCAUUCGGGACCCAACCGUCGACUGGUGGGACCCGUAUAGGUGGAUUCAGGUCACAAAUUUUGUCAGGAACGGGGAGAUUCUAUUGCUUUGUGCACAUUGUUAUGUACUUGCGUAUAAUCUUCGUGAGCGUCGAUUCCGAAGCAUUGAAGGGUUGGAUUUUCCUGUCAUUGCCCAUGUUCCUAGCUUUAUCUCCCUGGAGGAUGUCUUGACUAAGCACAGAGGAACUGGAUCAUUGAAUGUUAGAUAUCUCUAA